AUGGAUAUUAUAACACCUGACCAUCAGUAUAGCGCUUUACCAAUUUCCGCACCUGCAAAAGCAAGAGACAGUGUCGUCGAGGUCGAGAGGCAGCACAGAGGUGGGCGGCGAGGGCGAAGCGAGCGGCACGGGCGAAGGUGGGACACUACGGUACUUGACGUGCAGCACGUGGCGGGCCGCGCGCGCGCCGCUGCGCCGCAGGAUGCCCACGGGCCAGCGGCGCGGGCUCGUCUCCUCCGCCAUGGGCGCCGCGGGGGCGGGGGCGACGGCGGGCGCGGGCGUCGCGUCGCGGAAACGGCGCUCGCGGAUGCGCACCGCGGGCGACUGACGGCGUCGCUGCGGCCGCGCGCGCCGGCGCCGCCGCUGCUCGCUGACAUCACGCGAGUCGCGCUACCGCCGCGCCGCGCGCCCACCUGUGCCCGCCGCGCCGCCAGCUAUACCACGCGACAAUACAAUUACCCGAUAUUGGAACCAUGUUCCUUUUUACUUUAUGACAAA